ACCUUAUAUGUGCAAGGCCUCAGCGAGGCUACAGUCUGGGGGAGAAUCACAAAUCCAGACCACACGAGACACGCCGUUGUCCCAUUGUUGCUUUGUGAUCAUUGUGGUUGUCUCCUGUCUAGCUAUGCAUCUCACAGAACUAGAUCAGGAGUGUUUGUUACACCUUUUUUCGUACCUAGACAAGGACAGUUGCCGCAGCCUGUCCCUGACCUGCGUACGACUAAGACAAGUCUUCCUGGACCCACAACUGUGGACGCUACUUCACUUCAGGUCUCUGUGCGAGCUGAGGAGGGACAACUAUGUUCUGGGCUCUUCGCUAAGGUACCUGGCUGUAUGCUGGCACUCGAGCAGGGUCCAAGUGUGCAACAUUGAGGACUGGAUGAAGACCACAUUCCAGAAGGACCUCUGCAGGAAGCACGAGAGCCUUGUCAGUGACUUCCUGGAGCGUGUUUGCCACAUGUGUCCGAAUCUACUCUCGCUGACUCUGUCUGGAUGUGGGCACGUUACGGACCGCGAUGUUAUUAACGUGCUACAAAGCUGCAGGAGGCUACACAGCCUUAGUCUGGAAAACUGCGCUCGGAUGACUGACUCUGUCCUCCAGGCUGUUGUGGACCACGGCCACAGUCUCACAGAAAUGAGGGUGGACUUCUGUCGCAACGUGACCCAGGCAGGGCUGCAGGAGGUCAGGGACAAGAGACCAGAAGUGCACCUGAGCGCGUUACACAGUGCCGAUAUGAUUCCAGACAGCAAACCGGAGGAGAAAACACAGACCAGGAGAGCUCUGCAGAAGUUUUUGAUCUUCUCCUGACAGCUAGAGACUUUACCUUGAUACUUAAUGUCAAAUUGAGGUUCACAACACUGUCCAGUGCAAUUAUGGUCCAGUUUAAUUUUUUCACAGUUUAUUUUGUAAUUUCAAAAGUUUCCUUUUCAUCUCUGAAGUUUUCAUUCCAAUUUUCCUUGUUACAGUCAGUA